AUGUGGACGAUCUCUAUCGUUCUGACUGUGUUAGUGACCGGAUUGAAUACGCUGUUCACGUUACGAAAACCAUCUGUCACAAUCAGCUCCGCUGUCGUUCAGCUGGUAGCAUUUCCGAUAGGAAGAGCAUGGGAGAAGUUGCUACCUGAUUGGACCUUUUCAAUCCAUAUCAUGAGUAACCUUAGCUACUCAACACGUCUCAGUGCAGACACUUUGACCGAACAGGAGAUGUUCUUUGGGCUCAAAGCAGGAGUUGGCUUUCAGAUACUCGUCACUUUGGGAACCAUAUUGACUGGAUUUACUUUCGCUGGACUAGCACGAGCUCUUAUAGUCGAGCCAAAGAACUUGGUAUGGCCUGGAGUCCUCGCCAAUACAGCCUUGAACCGGACUUUACACCAUAAGGAGAAAUCCGAACGCGGAAGUACCUGGCGAAUCUCCCGUUACGCCUUCUUCAUGGUUGUCUUCGUUGCUUCCUUUGUUUGGUAUUGGUUUCCCAAUUUCAUCUUUCCAGCUGUAGGAUAUUUUACCUUUCUUUGUUGGAUAUGGCCGAAGAACGCAGUUGUCAACCAACUGUUCGGUAUGUCCAGUGGACUAGGAAUGGUUCCUUUAACCUUUGACUGGAGUCAAGUUGCCUACAUUGGAUCUCCACUAGUUGUUCCUACUUGGGCCAUUUUGAAUGUUGGUGCAUCUCUAGUCUUUUGGAUCUACAUCAUCGCUCCUGCGAUGUAUUACAGCAACACCUGGUUCAGUGCCUACUUGCCCAUUCAGAGUACAGCUGUAUUCGACGAUGCGGGCAAAAUUUACAAUGUUUCGAAGAUUUUGACACAUGACGACAAAUUCGACCCUGUUAAAUACUCUGCUUAUUCGCAGGUGUAUCUGCCCAUCACGUAUGCUCUGUCUAACUUUGGUUUGCAAUUCGCGGCUGUCAUGGCUUUGAUCGUUUGGUUCGUCUUGGAAAAGCACACCACGUUGCGGAAGGCUCCUUCUGCAUUCAAAUCCUGGGUCAAGGCUCCAUGUGAAGUCACAAAGGAAGGCGCAUAUAGAGAUGUUCCCGUAUGGUGGUACGCUCUGACAGGAGUCGCAUCUUUGUUUUGUUUGGUACUGUCCUGUGAAUAUUGGCCAGUGCAGUUGCCAUGGUAUGGAGUUCUCCUUGCUCUGGCCGUAUCCUCGAUCCUUUUCAUCCCCCUAGCCAUGGUAUACGCCACUGCGAACGCUAAAGUCAGCAUAGACGCAUUGUGUCGGCUGAUUGCUGGAUACGCUUUCGAAGGCAAGAUCCUAGCCAACAUCUGGUUCUUCGAUAUUGGGUACAUCACAGGCAUCAAAGGACUUGCUUUUGCUCAAGAUCUGAAGCUCGGCAUAUACUGCGAUAUCCCACCUCGUGCUCUUUUUCUCGUCCAAACAGUCGGCAUUGGCAUAUCCGUUCUGACUCAGGUCGGCGUUUUAAGAUGGGCGCUGAAUUAUAUUUCAGACGUCUGUCAGGUUGAUGCUCCAGAUGGGUUCUCAUGCCCAUACUCAAGAACGCAUUUCAACACAAGCCUGAUUUGGGGCGCUGUGGGACCAAAGAUCUUCUUUUCCAGUGACUCAAUUUACAGGCCACUUUUCUGGUUCUUUCUCAUAGGUGCCGUCUUGCCUAUACCAGUGUACCUUUUGAAGCGUCGAUAUCCCACCAGUCUCUGGCGAUACUGCCAUAUCCCGCUUUUCAUGGGCGGUCUGAACUACUUGCCUCCUGCCACAGGUACAAACUACGGAAGCUGGGUCAUCGUAGGCCUCAUCUUUGGACUUCUGAUUAAAAAGCGAGCGUUCGGCUGGUGGCAAAAGUACAAUUUUGUGCUUAGUGCUGCGUUGGACAGUUCCGUGGCGAUCGCCGGCGCCAUAAUCUUCUUCACGAUCUUCUAUACUGGAGCAAAUAAGGGAUUCUCGUGGUGGGGCACGUCUGUCUACCAGGACACGUGCGACUGGAAAUCUUGUCCCUAUCUUAGCCUUUCGAAAGGUCAGAGAUUCGGUUGA